UUUUUCUCAUCAGAAACACAAGCGCGUCAAUUCACUUCAAGAUUUCAUCGUUGGAGGUUUUUACGCACCGCAAAAGAGUAAAGAAAACGCCGCAGAGAUGAGUGUUGCGUGGUUUUACGUGCCCCCGAAGGACCCCCUCUCCUGAUAAAGGGACCAAAGAGGACAAAACAAGGCUGUCCACGAUAUUUUCCAAAAGAAGAUCGCAAAGGUGGAGCGAUUAGAGAAGGGCUGAUGAAGGGACUAUUAAUCCUUUCAGUGCAUCAAAAGCACCAAAGGGCAUUAGAAACGUUUGGAUGGAAAUCGGGCGAGUGUUUGGAACUGUUUCUUGUUUUAUACGAAACUGGUGACUAGUUGUUGUGACGCAUCUGAAAGGGAUUUGGUUUUCCUCCACUUGAGAUUUUAUAAUAGGGAAUAUAUAUAUUUCUUUUCCAUCUUGUUUCCUAACCGAAAAGGUUGCGCGGCAUGAGCGGUUUCUCGGUGUGAAUGGUCAGAAACUCUCAUCUCUGUGUUUUUUUCUCUCCUCAAGUAUUCUCCAAUCUAAAUGGAAUUAGUUGAGUCUGAAGCCGUUUGUGAAAGGAACAGACAUGGUACAUGGGCACAGCUUCCCUCACGUUGUUGCAAGUCUGCUCAUACUUGGGUUGUCUGGAGCAACAAAGAAGGACCCAGCAGUGAAAAACAAUUCUGGAGUGAAGCCUGCAGGUCAAUGUGGGACGUGGGUGAAAGAAUCAGAAGGAGGGCUCUUCACCUCUCCCAAUUUCCCCAACAAAUACCCCCCAGACACAGAGUGCGUUUACAUCCUUGAAGCGCCCCCCAGGCAGUGCAUCGAUCUACACUUUGAGGAGAAUUAUUCCAUCGAGUCCUCUUGGGAAUGUAAAUUUGACAAUAUCGAGGUACGGGAUGGACCCUUUGGCUUCUCCCCAAUGAUCGGACGCUACUGCGGCCAGCACAGCCCGCCUGAUAUCAGGAGCAGCGGCCGAUACCUGUGGAUAAAAUUUGUUACAGACGGCGAACUGGAAGCGGUGGGAUUUUCAGCAAGUUACAACUUCACUGCAGAUCCAGACUUUGCAGACUUGGGAGUACCCCCACCUCUGCCCUCCUGUCAGUAUGAGAUGGUUGGUCCAGAAGGUAUCGUUGAGUCUCAUCAGAUCACCAGAGACGGGAAGGCUGGCGCCGCCGAGGCCGUGGACUGUAAAUGGUACAUCCGCGCUCCGCCGCACUCCAAGAUCUACUUGCGCUUUCUCGACUACGAGAUGGCAAAUUCCAACGAGUGCAAGCGGAACUUUGUGGCGGUGUACGAUGGUGGCAGUUCAGUGGAAGACCUGAAGAGCAAGUUCUGCUCCACGGUGGCCAACGACAUCAUGCUGGUUUCCACGCUGGGAGUCAUCCGCAUGUGGGCGGACGAGGCCAGCCGCAAAAGCCGCUUCCGCAUCCUUUUCACAACCUACCAAGAACCUCCUUGUGAAGCAGAUGCCUUCUUCUGUCACAGUAACAUGUGCAUAAACAACACACUGGUGUGCAACGGUAUGCAGAACUGUGUCUACCCCUGGGAUGAGAACCAAUGCAAAGAGAAGAGGAAAGCCAACAUCCUCGACAACCUGAACAACACAAACGGGACCAUCAUUGGCGUGACGUGCUGCAUCGUCCUCAUCCUCCUCAUCGUCUCCGUCAUCGUCCAGGUCAAGCAGCCGCGCAAAAAGUACAUCUUGCGGCGUGAGGACUUUGACCCCACCAUGUUCCAGGAGGUCUUUGAGCCCCCGCACUAUGAGCUGUGUACUUUACGGAGCGCCACCACGCCCACGGCGGCCUCGGCGGAUUUAGUCGACCUGGCGGAGGACUUUGAGAACUACCACGCCCUCCGCCGUGCCUCCUCGCGCUGCGUCCACGACCACCACUGUGGCUCCUCCUCCAACCCCGGCUCGGCGCACAUAUCCCAGCUGUCGCUCAGCGGGCGAGAGAGCCGCGGGAACCUGAGCAGCCGCGACGCGGCGGCCGCCACCCUGCUCACGGACCUCCCGCAGCCGCCCAUGGCGGUGCGGCCGUUGCUGCCGUCCGCGGGAAACCGCCGGAGCAUCCUGGUCAUGAAGCACAGCUACUCACAAGAGGCCGCGGACAAUGGAUGCGACCUGGAUGACGACCUGGAAGAGGUUCCCACCACCAGCCACCGGCUCUCACGCCACGAAAAGGCAGUACAGCGGUUCUGCCUCAUUGGCUCAUUGAGCAAACAUGAAUCAGAGUACAACACAACUAGGGUCUAAGAGACAAUCUCAAGACUUCUUGAGAAUAGUGCAAUCCUGGAUCAGUACGAACGGGCAUCACUGACAUAUGAAAAAGCGGAGCGGAGAUUUACACCAGCAUGAUGCUGAUGAUGAUGAUGAUGAUGAUGAUGAAGGGACGCUUUGACGAAAGGAGACUGAUUGUGUAUUCAUGCGCACGCAUGAACACAAUGGACUAUAUGAAAAUACUCCAGCUUCAGUGCUGUGAAGUGAGAAGGUUUUGUAAAUGAGUCAGCUCUGUGCUCUACGUGCGAUGUGGAACUUUAUGAUCUCCAUGGUUGACGAACUUUCGAGUGUGGACGCUAGAAACAUAUCUGUCAUUAUCAUAGAUUAUCCACUAACAAAAUUAAUGUGACCAUACAUCUUCAGAUUGAUUUUUUUCUUCUUCUUUUUUUUAGCAUGUGUUUCUCAGUUUGGUAGCGGACAUUUCAUGAUUUUAGUAGCAAACUAUAGAUGCCUGCAGUUUGCUGAAUCUAGUGAGAUUUAUUUCACAGUAAAUUGGAAUUAAUUGCCACUAAUUACUAACUAAUUUGACUUUACUUCUGUUAGAGUAAACAGAAGUGGUUUAAUUUAGGUAAAAAAAAAAAAAAUUCAAGGCCGAGUUAUAUGGCUUGUGCAUGCUUCUUCUAUUUCCAUUAAAACACUAAUACCAAUAUUAAAAAGUAAUAAAAAUCUCCCAUCUACUAAUGCAUUAGUCAUGAGCAUAAGAGGUGGUUUUUAAAAGCUUCUUCAAAGUGAAUUAAUUGCAUUGCAUGUUGUUGCGUAGCUUAACCAUUAAAGAGCAUUAUGCAAAUAAAUUUCCAACUCAUUAAUUUAAACUUAAACUCCCUUUUGAAUAUGAUGACUAACUUUUUUGACAGGCGUUUUUAUUUUAACAGAGUGCUUGCUUUUUCUCAGCAAACAGGUCUGUUUGACUUCUAACUCUCUUUUACCGUCUGAGCUUAAUAUCUUUGUAUUAAAACAGACUUUUAUACUAUACAGCAAACUCAAGCAAUGACAGUUUUUACAAUUACUCAAAUUAACUUUCAGGGCUGAUUUUACUGAUGCUUUAUAAAAUAAAAUAACAUGUAAUCUUCACUUUUUUUUCCUCCUUUUUACUUAGUUUCUGGUCAAACUCGGUACACACACUAUCAACAUCUCACAAUAAAAGUUUUUGUUUAAUGCUUUAAUUUGUUGCAACUGAUGCAUUUCAGAGGAACGCCCAAAACAAAAGUAUGUUUCGUGAAGCAAGACAAUUGAAUCAAUUUGAUUCCUUUGAUUUCUUUUCUUUUUGUAAUGGUUCCAAUAUUCAAAUUAUCUUAAACAUU